AUGGCGUCGCCACCGCCUCCAAAGACCACUCCGCCCAUGAAGGCCACAUCGAAUGGAUCUUUUCAGGGCGAGAAUCCACUCGAUUACGCUCUUCCCUUACUCAUCCUCCAGAUCAUCUUGGUCGUGGUGUUCACCCGGUGUCUUGCAUUUAUUCUUAGACCUCUCCGGCAACCCCGAGUCAUAGCCGAAGUUAUCGGCGGAAUUCUUCUCGGGCCUUCAGCAUUGGGGAGGAACGAGGCCUUUCUGCAUGCCAUUUUCCCGCCAAAAGGCAUGACGGUGCUUGAAACAGUGGCCAACAUCGGCCUCUGCUUCUUCUUGUUCCUUGUCGGCCUCGAGCUCGACUUGAAGUCCAUCCGCCGCACCGGAAAGAAGUCCCUCGGCAUCGCCCUCUGCGGCAUCACUCUCCCCUUCGUCCUAGGCAUUGCCACCUCUGCCAUUCUACGCGCAACCGUGUCGAAAGGCGUGAAACAAGGCCCCUUCCUCGUCUUCAACGGCGUCGCCCUCUCCAUUACCGCCUUCCCCGUCCUCGCCCGCAUCCUCGCUGAGCUCAAGCUCCUCACCACCGACGUUGGCCGCAUCGCUAUGUCAGCCGCCGCCGUCAACGACGUCGCUGCAUGGAUCCUCCUCGCCCUCGCCAUUGCCCUCACCGGCACCAACACCUCCCCUCUUGUUUCUGUGUGGGUCCUACUCUGCGGCGCUGGCUUCGUAGGGUUCGCCGUCGUCGCCGUCCGUCCCGUACUCGCCAUGAUGGCGCGGAAGUCGCCCGACGGCGAGCCCGUCAAGGAGCUCUACAUCUGCAUCACUCUCUCCCUUGUCUUGGCCGCGGCGUUCGUGACGGACACGAUAGGGAUACACGCGCUGUUCGGCGCGUUCGUGGUCGGGAUCAUAAUGCCGAAGGAGGGUCCGUUCGCCGGAGUGUUGAUAGAGAAGCUUGAGGACCUGGUUUCCGGGCUAUUCUUGCCGCUUUAUUUUGUGUCCAGUGGACUCAAGACCAACGUGGCCACCAUUAGCGGAGGCACGUCGUGGGGUUUGCUGGUGCUUGUGAUAUUCACGGCGUCUUUUGGGAAGAUUGUGGGCACAGUGGCCUUGUCAUUGCUGUUUAAGGUGCCCUUAAGGGAAGCCUUGGCGCUUGGGUUGCUUAUGAAUACCAAGGGUUUGGUGGAGCUCAUCGUCCUCAACAUUGGCAAAGAUCGAAAGGUACUGAACGACCAGACCUUUGCCAUCUUCGUUAUGAUGGCGUUGUUCACAACCUUCAUUACUACCCCACUAGUGAUGGCAGUGUACAAGCCGGCGCGAAAAGGAGCCCCUUACAAAUUACGAACUGUCUUCCGCAAAAACCCCGACACUGAGCUUCGAAUUUUGGCGUGCUUCCACACCACCCGUAACAUCCCCACCAUGAUCAACCUCAUUGAGUCGUCGCGCGGCACCCGCAAGCGCGGACGACUCACCGUCUAUGCCAUGCACCUCAUGGAGCUCUCGGAACGGUCUUCCGCGAUCUCCAUGGUUCACAAAGCCCGCUACAAUGGCCUCCCUUUUUGGAACAAGAAGAGUGAUGAUAGGGACCAAAUGGUCAUCGCUUUCGAGGCCUACGAGAAGCUCAGCACAGUCAAGAUCCGGCCCGCCACCGCAAUCUCUUCCUUAAACAACAUGCACGAGGAUAUAUGCGCCUGCGCGCACCAAAAAACCGCGGCAAUGAUUUUGUUGCCGUUUCACAAGCAUCAGAGGCUGGACGGAAGCAUGGAGUCUUUGGGACACUCAUUUCAAGUGGUGAACGAGCGUGUGCUCCGACAUGCACCGUGCUCGGUCGGGAUCCUAGUCGACAGAGGACUCGGCGGCACCACGCAAGUCUCGGCCAGCGACGUUUCGUAUACCGCGCUGGUGGCGUUCUUCGGAGGACGAGAUGACCGGGAGGCACUGGCCUACGGUAUGAGACUGGCUGAACAUCCCGGAAUUGCAUUGACUGUUUUCAGAUUUGUUGCUCGACAAGGGAAGACAUUAAGAUUUGGAGCUCAAUUAGUUGGAAUAACAGCUGAGAACAAGAAAAUACUGAAAGAAGAAGACAAUAGCCAGGAAAAUGAAGAGGACGAGAAGUUCUUGGAGGAGUACAAGAAGUUGAUAAGUAGUAAUAAGGACACCGAAGAAUCGAUGUUGUACGAGGAGAAGGUGGUGGACAGCAAAGGCGAGAUCGCCUUGGCGUUAAAGACACUGAGCAAGCACAACUUGUUUAUAGUGGGGAGAAUGCCGCCGACGGUACCAUUGGUAGAGUCGAGUGACUGUGCGGAGCUUGGGCCAAUCGGAAGCUUCUUAGCCUCGUCAGACUUCUCUUCCACAGCUUCGGUUGUGGUGAUUCAACAAUAUGAUGCUACAGCGUCGCAGCCGCUUGUCGUGGAGGAAGCUAACUACGAGUUGCCAGAAUCGUCGUCGUCUAUGGUUUGA